AUGGGGAGUUCCCAAGAAAGCACUGGGGAUAAGAAUGGGGUAGGUAUUUUAGUUGACAGGGACCUCAAGGAGCUCGUGGUCGAGGUUAGGAGGGUAAAUGAUAGGUUGAUGAGUAUCAAGCUGGUAGUUGGUGGGUUUACUGUAAACGUGAUUAGUGCAUACGCUCCUCAGGUAGGUUUGGACAAGGAGGUCAAGAAGCAAUUCUUGGAUGAUUUGGACGAGAUGGUGCGUAGUAUUCCGCACACAAAGAAGUUGUUCAUUGGCGGAGAUUUAAAUGGCCAUAUUGGGGCUAGUGCUAGGGGUUAUGAUGAUGUGCCUGGCAGGUUCGAUUUUGCCGAUAGGAAUGAGGAAAGGAAUUCACUGUUGGAUUUUGCUAGAGCUUUUGAUUUGGUUAUAGCUAACUCGAGUAUUCCAAAGAGGGAGAGCACCCAGUCACUUUCCAGAAUUCAAUGGGCAAGACUCAGAUUGAUUAUCUUCUCUGCAGGAAAUGCGAUAAAGGUCUGCGCACUGACUGCAAGUUCAUCCCAAGUGAGCACCUCACGACCCUACAUAAGCUCCUAG